UGUUAUAUUGUAACAGUUCUGAGAAAUAUCUAUGAAAUAACUAGAAAGUUAUAUUUUUUCAUUGACUGAUUUUUUAUUUUUAGAAUUAAGACGGCAAAGGCUAAGUCAAACUGCCAGCUAUUGAACUUCAAGGCUAAUCCGAUUACUGACUAAGGUCAUACUGAAACGAUUGUAGACUUUUUUGUUUUAACGAAACACAACACCGAUUUUUUAAUUGGACAAUAAUAGGAUAGAUAUAUGUAUAAGAGUUAUAAAAAAAAUUGUCGAUAAAAUUAUAGUAUACUAAGAAGUAUAAGGAUUGGAAAAACUUGUUCACAAUAGAGAUAAAAGCAAUUGUCAGGGAUUUUACUACAACUAAUAAGCGAUAAACAUUUAUGACUUUGCAAAUCAAAGCUCUAAUAGUCAGCAGUGCUUACAAUGUCUCUUCAUCCAAUCUACUUCAUUUAUUUACUAAAUAAAAUAUGCAUUAUUGCAACAAAGCCUUCCACCUUUAUCGAACUAAAAUCUCGUACCAAUGAAAUAUUAUUUUCCUAUUUAGUUAGGCUACCUAAUUUGAGUUUCCUUUCACUGGCAAUAUCUUUGGAUAAUAAACUCUAAAACUGUAUUGUUAUGUAGGUAGGAAGUAGAGGCAACUGGUGCGGCAGUCGGUCGCAGUGCGUGGGGAUGGAGCUGGUAAUAGUGAAGGCCAGAGCCCAGCUGAAUCGUCUCCUGUGGGCGGGUGAGAAGCGCGCGAGCGUGCGCGAGGAGCGCGGGGGGGCCGGCGGCCGAGCGCGGGCGGGGCGCAAGCGCAGCAUGGCCGCCGCGCCCGCGCCGGCGUCCGUCGCACCCUGGUUCAACGCCACGCUGGCCUACAACGCGACGCGCCCCAACGACACCGACUUCGAGCUGCUGAAUGCCGCUGCCGAUGACCACGACGACCACUGGUUCUGUGCCAAGUGGACCAGCGCACAGCAGGAUCUAUUUCAGGCGGCGAACUUGUGCUUCGCGCUGGCAUUCUUCGUGCCCAAGCACUUUAAACAAAGUAUUCUGGUGCUGCGCGCACUGGCGGCGGCGGGUGCGGUGCUAAUGGCGAUGUGGGCGGGCGCCGAAGUCUGCGCGCCUGACAUCCUAGCCUGGAGUCUCGCCGUGCUCCUCGUCAACUCGAUGCACUCGGUUUUUUUAAUUAUAAGAUUUCUUCCACCGGCGCUAUCGCUGGAAUUGACGGACCUAUACCUGAAGCUUUUCAAACCACUGAAGGUGAACAAGAAGCACUUCCAGGAGCUAACACGCGAGGCGAGGCUCGUGCGGCUCGAGGCGGGCGAGGCCUACGCGAUUGAGGACGUCACGCCCGCCGAUGAAAGGCUUUCAAUUCUCCUAAAGGGAAAAAUGCGAGUGAGCUGUGACGAGACGCAUUUGCACUACAUACAGCCAUAUCAGUUCGUGGACUCGCCGGAAUGGGAGGCGAACCGGGAACAAUCUGACGAUGUCUUCCAGGUGAGCGUGGUGGCAGAGGAGGUGUGCACGUGCGUGUGCUGGCCGCGCAUGCGCCUCGAGCGCGUGCUGCGACAUCGCCCGGCACUUAAGGUCGUUCUCGACUGCCUCAUAGGGAAAGAUAUAACACACAAGUUGUACUCGGUGAGUGAGGGCCUGGGCAUAGCUGGUGCGGGGGAGAGCGAGGGCGUGCCCGCGCACCUUACGCGCUCCGCCAGCGUGGACGCCGUUCACGAGGGCGCGCGCGGUCGCCUGCGCAGCCUCGCCUGGCGAUCGAGGACCGCCGCGCCAAAAGGGAGCUCGUAUUGGCAGCCGGUGGUGGCGCGCCAGUUCCUGCGGCAGUCGCCGUUUGGGCGCGCCAUGUUACCGCCGCGGCUAGUUGCGCAGGCGUCGUCGGCGAGCCUGCAGCCGCCCCCGGCCAGCCUGCAGCCGGCCGCGAGCCGACGUCGCGAGGUCAAAUUUGCGGAGACGCCGAGCGCGGUUGAGCCGGCUGUGUGACGCGGGCCGCGGCUCCAGCCCGAGCUGGUGCCGCUCGUUGCCGCCCCGCAGACCACGCACACCCCCUAUAGUCCCCACAGGUCCCACGCCGACACGCCCACAUCCAUACUCUCCCCCUGACAUCUACCCCCAUUCGAGCGAACCACACCGCCACACAUGACAGACUUUUAAACGCAUACAUUUGUAUUUACAAUUAAACGAACCGAUAAGGAAAAAUGCUAACAUGAGACUAGUGAAAACUAAACGCUAUAAGAAAAUAAUAAUUUUAUAUUGCCUGUUUAAAAAAGAGCUUCCUAAUAGAACAGUAUACACGUGUAAUAUGUAGCUUAUGUUCGCUCGAAAAGUGCCGAAUGUUCGGGAGUGGGACGUUCCAUCGCAAGUGACAGAGACACGUCGUCGGUGUGAAGUGAUACAGACUGCUAAAAUUGUUGAAUUUUCAGAAUAACAUACUUAAUAUAAAAUGUAAUUAUUAUGUGAGAAGUAGAUUUACAUAGCUAGAAUAAAAUGUAUUUUGUAUCGUAUGUUGCAUUUGAAAAUAAAACCGCUCAAGCGUUGUAAUAGCUCUAUAUAAAAUAACGAUCGGAUCGAUAGAACUGAGAGUUAUCGAUACGAUACGAGCGAUUGAGAGAGAAGUAAAUACGAACACGACAAGAUGUACGCGAUCGUGACUUAAUUUCCAUGGUAUUUGUGUAUCAAAUACGAGAUUCUAAAAUAUUGUAAUGUUAUAAUGUAAUUGUUUAUUAGUUAGUACUUGUAUAUUAAAUGUGUUAAACUCGUGAUAAUAUCUUAAAAGUUACUGCAAAAAAUUUCAUAUUCAGUACGUUGAUCAUAAAAAUUAUAUCUAUUUUCGUGUUCCUUAUUCUAAUCUCGUAAUACAAGCGGUCACUUAAUUUAUAAUUACAGUCAUUAAAUGUUGUAUAGUAACUAUGUUACAUAGUCUUAAUCAAUGCUUGAAUAACUUGUAUAAUACACUAUGUGUUAGCACCGGGACCGGGCGAUCUAAAAUAAAGUUUCUUUUAUUCCGCCUUGUACAAAUAAAUACAGUUGAGGCCUAAAUUAUAA